AUGGGACGGAAUCGUAACUCCCAGCCUGGUCGCAAGACGGGGCGAGAGCUACCCUCUUCCCCCUUUUCUGACUCACCCCUCAUCCCCCCUCCAACACCCAAAUCUCAACUUUCGAUUUCCUUUUCCUCCGCUCCUGCUUCGUCUCCAUUGCUAUUCACCCCUCAUCUCCCUCCCCUCCCCUGCCACCGACCCCCCACUACCCUCAUCUCUCUCACCCCCCUUCCCCUCUUCCACAACCUAGCUUGCGGUGGGAGCAGGUGUGCAGCAGCUGUGGUGAAGUCAAUUGCACACUUGAUUCACUCUGCAGCACUAGCUCCUUCGGGCUCGGGCUUCGUUGACUGUUUCUCACGCAAGGAGUGCGAGCAGGUAGCAUCAGAUGAUAAGAGCUGGCGCAGCAGGGAACAUGCCAGGAGCAUGCACGCAGGGAGAGAGCGAGGGGACCGGCCGGAAGGGCGGAGGGGACAGCAGGAAGAGGGGGGAGGGGAAGCAGAUGAAGCAGAGGAAGGGGAGGCAGGAGAAGACGAUGUGGUGUUUGAGUGUGGUCCCUUGUGCUCCUGUGCUCUGCAGCAGCACCGCAUCGCCUCACAUCCAGGCCCCCACACAGCAACCAGCACAGUCGAAACAGCAGAAGCGGCACCAGCAGCACCAGCGGCUGCAGAAGCAGUGGAAGGGGGGGCAACUAUCACCCCCGCGUGUCCCACAUGUCCCAACCGCAGCAGUCAGCGGGGCGUGCAGUGGAACUUGGCAGUGGUGUGGAGUGGUAGCAAGGGGUGGACGCUUGUGGCUCAGGAGAGCAUCCCUCGUGGUGCCUUCAUCUGCCAAUACGCGGGCGAGGUGGUGAGUGCAGGGGAAGCAAGUGCACGGCAAGCUCUGUACGAUGCUGCAGGAUUGCAUAUAGACCCGUCUCGCAUGGGCUCCCUGGGUCGAUUCAUGAGCCACGAGUGCGGGGGAGGGAAUGUGGCUCGCGUGGUGGUUCGGCAGGCCGGCUGCUUGCUGCCUGCUGUGGGCCUUGUGGCUCGGAGGGAGGUUCGGCAAGGAGAGGAGCUUACGUUUAGCUAUGGGGGUGUGGGGGAGGGGGAGGGGGAGGAUGGGGAUGGGGACGGGAAGAGGGAGGUGGAGGGGGGUGAGGGUGGGAGUGUGGGAGGGGAUGAUGGGGAGGGUGGGAGAGUGGAGGGCGAGGAGGACGGGAGGGAAGAGUGUUGGAAGAGCGGUUGGGAGCAGCAGCAGCAGCAGCAGCGGCGGCUGGUGAAGCGGAGCAAGUGUUGCUGUGGUUCAGUGCGGUGCAGCGGGUACCUGCCGUUUGAUAUGUUGUGA